AUGCUCGAUUCGUACGGCCAGAAAAGAGCCCCACCGGCCCCUCCUGUCAGGUCCCACAGCAAGGAGAGCCUGGCUCUGAGUAUGAGCAAGACCGUGGCGAUGACGGAGGCGCUGCUGGAGCCCCGCGGCGACGCGGCGAAGCCUGCCAAGGAGCCGUGGGCAGCCGCAGGCACGGAGCAGCGAGCUGGGGGCAGGACUGCGGGAGGAGGGGGCUCGGAGGAGCCGGAGCGGAAGGGGAGGAAGAGUCAGGAGGAUGAGAAAGUGCUUAAAGUUGCCGACGCAAAGAAAACCUUCGAAAAGGCGAAGCCAGCGGAGGGGAAGGCAGCGACGCCACCGCCCAGCGCUGCCAGGAAAGACACAAUGAGGCGAGUGGUACGACAGAGCAAAUUUCGGCACGUGUUUGGCCAAGCGGUGAAAAACGAUCAGUGUUACGACGACAUCCGCGUCUCCCGUGUUACUUGGGAUAGCUCCUUUUGUGCAGUAAACCCCCGAUUUGUUGCAAUAAUUGUAGAUGCUAGCGGCGGCGGAGCGUUCCUGGUGCUGCCUUUGCACAAGACAGGCCGAAUUGACAAGUCCUACCCAACAGUGUGUGGCCACACAGGACCAGUGCUGGACAUAGACUGGUGUCCUCAUAAUGACCAGGUCAUCGCCAGUGGCUCUGAGGACUGCACCGUCAUGGUGUGGCAGAUUCCCGAGAACGGACUCACCCUGUCCCUGACAGAGCCGGUGGUAGUGUUAGAAGGCCAUUCCAAGAGAGUCGGCAUCGUGGCUUGGCAUCCGACAGCACGCAAUGUGCUGCUCAGUGCAGGUUGCGAUAAUGCAAUCAUCAUCUGGAAUGUGGGAACAGGUGAAGCCCUCAUAAACUUGGAUGACAUGCACGUGGAUAUGAUUUUCAAUGUGAGCUGGAAUCGCAACGGCAGCCUAAUCUGUACAGCUUCCAAAGACAAAAAAGUUCGAGUUAUUGACCCCAGGAAACAAGAAAUUGUUGCCGAGAAAGAGAAGACCCACGAGGGAGCCAGGCCCAUGCGUGCCAUUUUCCUCGCCGAUGGAAACAUCUUCACAACUGGCUUCAGCCGCAUGAGCGAACGGCAGCUUGCCCUUUGGAAUCCAAAAAACAUGGAGGAGCCAAUAGCCCUUCAUGAGAUGGACACCAGCAAUGGGGUCCUGCUGCCCUUCUACGAUCCGGAUACCAACAUUAUUUACUUGUGUGGCAAGGGUGACAGCAGCAUUCGCUACUUUGAGAUCACGGAUGAAUCCCCCUAUGUUCACUACCUCAACACCUUCAGCAGCAAAGAGCCGCAGAGGGGCAUGGGGUUCAUGCCAAAGAGGGGCCUCGACGUGAACAAGUGUGAGAUUGCCAGGUUCUUCAAGCUUCACGAGAGGAAGUGUGAGCCCAUCAUCAUGACGGUUCCUCGAAAGUCGGACCUCUUCCAGGAUGACCUGUACCCUGAUACAGCUGGCCCAGAAGCAGCUCUGGAAGCAGAGGAGUGGUUUGAGGGGAAGAACGCCGAUCCCCUUCUCAUCUCCUUGAAGCAUGGGUACAUUCCAGGCAAGAACAGGGAUCUGAAGGUGGUCAAGAAGAACAUACUGGACAACAAGCCUGCCGCGAACAAGAAAAGUGAUCUCAUAAAUGCUCCAAAGAAAGCAGCUGAUGCCUCAAACACUCAAAACGAAGCCAAAUUGGAUGAGAUUUUGAAAGAGCUGAAAUCUAUAAAAGACACGAUCACCAACCAAGACGAGCGCAUUUCCAAGCUGGAGCAGCAGAUGGCAAAGAUCGCGGACUGAGCGGGGGCGAGCGGCGCUGGCCCCGCCGCCAGCCCAGGCACAUUCCAGUUCCCCAGUUCGGCAAGCAGCAGCGUGCAGCAUUCCAGUACGAGCUUUCCUGUUCUCCCAAAUUCACCUCAACGAGAGCCGAUGAUUAAAAGCCAAGCUUUUUAGUGAAAGAUUUUUUUUUUUUCCUGAUGUUCUAAUGAAUUAUGUGACUGUGUCAAACAAGUCGAAGAGAAUUAAGUGCUACUUUUACAGUCUUUUUUUUUUUUUUUUUCCAGAUGUUAUGAAUUCUUAAAAACAAAUCCAUUUGAUUUUCGAUGUUGUGCCCGAAUAUCUUUUUUCUAGAUGUAGGGACCAAUGCCACAUUGUUCUUAACCAUUUUUUUUAAAGUUGCCAAAAAAAAAAAAAAAAAAAGUUGCUUUUAUUUUUCUUAUUUGCCAAUUUGCAGUAUUUGUGUUUUACGUUUAAAGGGACAGCACCGCGUGUGUGCGCGCGCGCGCAUGGUGGGUGUUUAUACUGUUCAGAGAACAAAACCGAAGCUAUUUUGUAUAAAUCUUCAAUUUCGAACAAUCAGAUCGGUUUCCUUUGCGGUGUGACCAAGGCUGCUGCUGAGACCCCUCAAAGAUCGUCCGAGCUGCCUUUCCUGCCUCCCUAACCUCUCCCCAUCGCCAUUCCCUGACAGUUUAAAGAAAAAAA